CAACAAGCUGGAGCGGGAGCGCACCUGCCAGCUGCUCGACACGCGCCCGCUUCCUCCGGGCACUGUGGGCCCACUUUCGGCAUGGCGGUCCCAAGCUUGAGUACCGGAUCCAUCUUUGCUUUGGAGAGGAGUACCCAGGCCCCUCGGACCAGCCAGAGGAGCAGCUCAUCUUGGCCCAUGCAUUGGCACGCUGCGCGUCCUGAUGUCUUGCUACAUCUCCCUCUCUCCUCUCUCUCCUCUCCCCCUCCUCUCUCUCCUCCCUCUUUGUUUCUGCUUCGUUCUCUGUCUGCCACGAUCGCUCUUGCCUCUGUCUCUCUUCAUCCUGAGCUCCCAGGCUGGGCCUUCUCACCCUGCAAGCUACCCAAGGCUUCCCAGCUCAGGCCUCUCCUGCCCGCCCCUUUGGGCCUGGCAGUGGGAGGUGAGGAAGGAGGAAGGGCGGCCUGGUGGGCCCACCCCUUUUUGCCUUUCCAGGCUGGGAGGCAGGGCCAGUGGGCCUUUUAACAGCCCGGGGAAGGGGAAGGCCGUGCAGGCCGCCGACCCUGGACAUCUUGCCUGGCUCUGUGGUCCCAGCAGCCCAGUCAACAUGCAGCAGCCCCCACCCGGGCCCCCGGGCCCCUCGGCUGAGCCCACCAAGCCCCCCUACAGCUACAUAGCCCUGAUCGCCAUGGCCAUCCAGAGCUCGCCGGGGCAGCGUGCCACCCUCAGUGGCAUCUACCGCUACAUCAUGGGCCGCUUCGCCUUCUACCGCCACAACCGGCCCGGCUGGCAGAACAGCAUCCGCCACAACCUGUCUCUGAACGAGUGCUUUGUCAAGGUGCCCCGCGAUGACCGCAAACCAGGCAAAGGCAGCUACUGGACCCUGGACCCUGACUGCCACGACAUGUUCCAGCACGGCAGCUUCCUCCGACGCCGACGCCGCUUCACUCGGCGGGCAGGGGCCCAGGGCUCGAAGGGCCCUGCAAAGGCAGGCUACGGACCCCUCAGAGCCACCAGCCAACACCCAGGAGUCCCCAACACCUUGACCGGCAGGCAGUGCCCAUUCUCACCAGAGCUGCCAGACUCUAAGAGCCUAAGCUUUGGGGGUGUGGUAGGGGCCUUUCCAGCCAGCAUGUGCCCAGCUACCAGUGACGCCAGACCCCAGAUGCCCACAGAGCCCAAGGAGAUCUGCGUACCUAAGCGUGUAGGCCCAGUGGAGCUCUCCCGGGCUGGGUCUUCCUCCCCAUGCCCAGUGUUUGGCCUUCCUACUGGCCUCGCUGAGGCGGAGGGAUUCAGCAAGGCCCCCACGCCUGUCUUGGCCCCCGAGGCAGGCGUGGAGAGCAGCCACCAGUGCAGGUUGCAAGCACUGAAUUUCUGCAUGGGUGCUGACCCGGGCCUCUUGGCCUCUGCAGCACCCUCCCCUGCACCCCCUACCCCUUCAGCUUCACUCCGGGGUUCACUGCCCCUGUCAGGUGACCCCAAGGACCCCUGGAUAGCCGGGGGCUUCUCUGUCCAGGGAGGCUCCGGCUACCCACUGGGAAUACCCCCUUGCCUUUACCGGACACCAGGAAUGUUCUUCUUUGAGUGAGCACCGCUGCGCCUCUGUGGGGCACCUGCUAACUGCCCAUUCUGGACUGGACCCGGUUGUAGGACUCGGAGCGCUCUGCAUGGACCCGACCCUGGCAGGUCAAGGACAACGAAGACGCGGAGCAGGGACAGAAGCAGCAAGCGCUCAGCCAGGCCCUGGAGGCCUCCGGACCAAUCUGGGGUGAGGGGAAGGGGGGGGCCCUUGGGAUUUUCUCUGUGGCUCUCAGGGCCAAUAAAGCCAGUGUGAUGAUGAG